AUGCGGCCAAUCCUGAUCAUUUCACUGUUUGCGGCCACCAUAUCCAGCCAUCGUCUAUUCUAUAUCCAUCGCGGAUCGGAGCAUUACAUAGCCACCGAGAACGUGCCCACGCAAGGCUACAUGAAGAUCGACGAUGAGAAAGCCCAACUCUUCAAACGAGUGUGGCUAUUCCGAUCGACGGAACUCAAGGUAGAUGACACAUUGGAGGUCACCGCCGAGCACAAGCAGCAGCUUGCCCAUGCCCCAGCCGUUCCGGACGAAAUUACCAUGGAGUUUGUGACUUGGAGGAAAAAUGAGGACCGGUACUUUGUCUUCGACGCACCAAGGUUCUACGAGGUUGACCACGCAAAUUUUACGCUGCUCAGGAACGCUGCGGCAAAUUACCUGGACCACCUGUUGGAUGACGGAUUGCUCACAGUUCAUUGCGAGCGAACAACUGGCAAGCAGCCUAAAAGCUGGACACAGGACCCGGAUACGAUAGCCAUGUGCGUGAUGUGUUUUGGCGUCGGGAUCCUGGCCGGCGUGGCGGUGAUGAUCAGUGGGGACCACGAGACCCGAUCGGCCAAAAACAAGACCAAGCAGCAGAAAUCGGCC